CAGCAGCCGAAUCGGAGAGUCUUGGCCACAGCUAGCGUUCAUGUCGAACUCGGGACAACCGGGCGGAUUCUUCGGAGAAAAUGUAGGGGAUGUAGAUUUACCGUCAUAUAUGAACUCUGGAACUGACUGUGAUCCAAUGGACACCUUCGAUGUGUCUCUCUAGGUUGUCUCCCCACCGAAUCCAACCAUGGAGACGGUAUUUAACAGCCAUCAACAUCGUCAACCAGCUGGAACGAAUCAUCAAAUUAGUUCCUCGGGGCAGCCAAGUUCAGAUCAAACCAAUAUCAAUGUUCAAACAACUCAUAUCCCGAAAUGACUGCAGAGCAGCGGGCUAGGAGAAACGAAAUCAACAGACAAAGCAGGAAAAAAAAGAAGAAUGAGGUGAUAGAAAUGAAAGAUAAAUUGAAGAAACAUGAAGAUGAGAUGAAGAAUUUAAGGAUAGAGAAUGCAGAAUUGGAACAUGCCAAGGUUUCAAUGGGGGAAGAGUUGCAGGCUCUAACAGCUGUGAAAGAUAAGCUGGAAAGCGAUCUUGAAGAAUUUAAGCAAGAAAGGGAUAAGCUAAAUGCUUUUCUCCAAGAGCUAUUAAAAGAUAAGGAUUUUAAGUUCAUAAAAGGGGGGGACAAACAUGAUAUGAACCCAACACAAGAUCAUUCUCCUUCAGAUGAAAAAGGCCACUCAGAAAAAGAAAUUUCAGCUGGAAACUUAGAUGGUGGUGACUCUGAAGAUGACAAUGAUUCUAAAAAGAAAACGAAGCGUGCGGCCUGUUCAGCUUCAAGUGAAGGUCGUUCUGGCAAGGUUCCUAAGUUUGCGUGUUAUGAUGCCAGAGCUGAUCAGAGACAUGGAUCUACAAGUGAUCAUAUUGCCAUGGUCAGGGAUCCCUACUCCAUCGCUGAAUGCCUUCGUAUUUUAAAAACCAUGGGAGACAUACCGUAUCCUAUCGUAAAGAAAGCAACAGCUAAAUUUAAGUCACAAGAUGAGAGGGAGACUUUUGUUGGACUAACUGCAGAUUGGAAAAGGGAGUGGGUGAAAGAUUUAGAGAAUGAUGCUUGAAGAAAUUUUUCUAGUUAUAUUUAAAAUUUAAGAAGGAACAGUUUUUUUUUUUUUUUUGGAUAUUGGGAACUUUGUUUUGUUUGAACUAAACUUUAUUGUGCUUG